AUGGAAACCACGAUGGAAACCACAACAACAACAACGGCAAUCAGACUUUCGCCGUCAAGGAAACGACGCCGUAUGCUCCUGGUUUAUGAGCUCAUGCCGAACGGUAAUAUGCAAGACGCGUUGCUUCAUCGGAAAUGCCCGGAAUUAAUGAACUGGAAACAGCGAUUUUCGAUUGCUGUCGAUAUCGCCAAGGGACUCGACUAUCUCCAUGGAUUGGAUCCUCCGAUAAUGCAUGGAGAUAUCAAACCUAGUAGCGUUUUGUUGAAAUCUGAGGAAAUUAGAGUGGAAAUAGCUGAGUAUUAUGGAUCUGUAGCUGAAACUGAUAGUGUAGCCACUGGAAUCGACGAAUUCAGAUUGGCGAUAGAUCAAUCUCCAGUUUCGGUUACGGUUACGGAAUCACUGCUGAAUGCAGAGGCUGUUACGGUUGCUGCUUCCCCGGAAUCGCUUUCAGUAUCUCCUGAAAUGAUGGAGAAAGGUAGUGUUUCAGAGGGGAAUUUAAGUGUUUUGGAGAGUGGUGGGAAAGGAAUAAAGAGCAGUUCUGGUAGCGAUUGGUGGCGGAAGCAAGAUAAUGUGGCAGCUCUGGUGGAGAGCGGGAAAGUGAAAGAUAAUGGAUUGGAUCCCUUCUAUGGCGUCUUCAGGUAG